AGCGGCCGCCUACGUUGUUUUACGUCACAUUGUGACCAAAAUUUUGUGAUUUUUUCAUUUUGAUAAAAAUGAUAACAGCUUUUUGGAAGAGUAUUUUUACACUAUAUAUGCUUAAUGUUUUAGCUUUUAUAAAAACAUAAAAAAAGAUUGGUUGUCCUUUACUAAAGCCUUCACAGUUAUUUUAAAAUAAAGCUUAAUGGUCCUGGUCGCUGCGGAGCAAGGAAUGGUGAACAACAAUGGAUAGUAAAGGAUAACUUGUAUUACUUGUGAAACAAGCGCGGGCUUUAGUUCAAUAAUGUGCGAAAAUUCAAAACAUCGUUUUGAUUGCGAAGCUACUUUUGAGAAAUAAAAGCUUAUUUUACAGCUAUACAUUUCAUGUUUUGAAAUGCCAAAUGAUGAUUCUUCUCUGUAUUUCGUAACCUUCGGCGAUGAGGACGGGGAUUUUUUACUGCGGGCCUUUGAAAUCGCUGAAUCAAGAACUCAAUGUCACCAAGAUACAUGCAAAAGACCUUAUGGAAGCUGGCGCCAGGGAAAAGAUGACAGUUUUUGUCACCGAUAGAUUCGAAGGAGAGGUUUUUGAGCUGCUGCUUGCCGAAAACAAGAGAGUUUUUGGACCUAUCUGCAUUCUGGAAUGUAUUGAAAGCGACUCACCUCUUCCAAAUGCAUUACAUCCAGUUUAUUCAAUGUCCAUGACUGAUUUGAUUGUUGCCUCAACUUCCAUCGCUAAAUCAUUGAGGAAGAAACUUCAAAUCCUCAUUGAGUACAUGAAUGGAGUUUUCGCUGCAGAGUUUACAAUUGAAGUCACUCACCUUGUUGCCGGUGAAGUCAACAGUAAAAAAUAUGCAACUGCAGCACGUCUUAAAAAACCAAUAGUUUUGCCAUCGUGGAUUGAAGACUCUUGGAAGGAAAGUCAAGUUCAAAUGAAUUUCAAUGCGACCCACUCCUCAUUUCUGGAAAGUCAUUACUGUCCAAUAUUCAAGGGAUGCUCAAUAUGUGUGAGCGGGUUUGAAACAAAAAAAAGGAAUGAGAUCAAGAGAUUGGUGGAGAUGAAUGGAGGUAGCUAUUUGCCCGAACUCUCGUGUGAUAAAUCCACUCAUUUACUAAUUGAAAAACCAGUUGGGAACAAGUUUCAUUUUGCUCAACGUUGGAGUGUGAUUUGUGUCGAACCUUGUUGGCUGUACGAGUGCAUAUCUGCCGGCCAUUGGCUUGAUGAAGCACCUUUCAAGGUGAAACCGGAUAAACAAUCCAAGCUUUCUGAUGCUGGUGAUGAAACAUUGCGGACAAGCCAUGUGGAUGCCAGCAUUAACUACACAAUGUCAAGUGAAGAAAUGUCAAAGAAAGCCAGAGAUAUUGCAAAGAAAAGUGCUGAAAAAGCCGGACAUGCCAUGCUUGGUAAUGGUGCACAAGAAUCAUCAUCACAAAAAAGGAAGGCUGUGAUUGGACAUAGAUAUCAUAAAUCGCUUCAUUCUGUAAAGAGAAAGUCCAUCUGUAAUUAUAAUGUACCUAUACCUUCUGAUACCAUGUUUCUUGAUGGAUGUCAACUUUAUUUGGUCGGAUUUAAUGAUGUGCAACUUGAAUAUCUUCAAAAGAUAAUAAAUGCGGGUGGUGCUACUAGAUUUAACAAAAUUAAUGACAAUGUUACGCAUAUUGUUGUUGGCGAUGAGCCUUUACAAGAUGUCCUAAAACUAGUUAAUGAUGAAUUUGCACCACAUGUUGUAAAGGUCGAUUGGCUACUGGAAUCAUGUCGACAGUCAAAGUGCCUUUCUGAAGAAGAGUACUAUUGCAUGGAAACAAAUGACAAUGUGGAGGAAAAUCAAAAAACAAAGAAGAAGAAAAAUUGUGAUUCAAAGGAAAGGAGAGUAUCGGAAAAUGAUGUGACUCGAAAUGACGAGGAUAUUUUAAAACAGUAUUUAACAGAUCCUGGAAAUACCAAUCAAUCAAUGAGCUACGUGAAUAAAUCAUCGAUCAUGCAUUGCCAAGAAGGAGAUGAAAGUCAAAAAGAAUGUAGUAAGCUGUUGAAGGGCUUUCGGUUUAGAAUGAAUGGCUUUGAUGGAAAGCAACUCAAUGAAAUCCGUAAAUGCAUUGAAGACCUUGGUGGUUGUGUAUUACCAAUUAGUAGCAUGUCUAUUGUAGACUAUCUUAUUGUACCACUGAAGUAUGAAUGUUUACAAGGCACUUAUGCUAAAACAGUGGUGACAUAUUGUUGGCUUCAGUCCACAAUAACCUGUGGUGAAAUGGUAGAUCCCGACUCCGAUUUUCUAUUCACUCCCUUUGCGCUACCUGAAAACGUGUAUCCACUUGAAAACUGCGUCAUUUCCGUGAGUCAAUUCUACGAUCUGGAAAAUAAUUUAAGUGAUUUAAUAGAAACAUUGGGGGGACAAUUUCAGGAAUUUUUUUCUCGCAAGGCAAAGGAAAAUGUGCACGCGAACACUCAUCUCAUUUUGAAACAACCGCUGGGCGCCAAGUACGACGCGGCGGUCAAGUGGGGUAUUCCCCCUCUGACUGUUGAUUGGCUUUAUGAAUGCGCACGCAGCGGACGAAAAGUUGACGAAACACCUUACUUAGUGACGGUUGGAACACCGAGUGAAACCAUUGAACCUGGGGAGAGUACGAGAGAUGAAAUUGGAAAGGAUACAGAGGAUAACGUGGGACAAGUAAAGGAUAAAGGGGAGGAAUUAUUCAAUGAAUUUGCCGCGCCUCGGAGUGACGUUAGAAGUGGUGAAAAUCGCGUAGAAAUGAAUGGAAACAACGAGAAGACGAACACAGCAAAAGAGAAGGCUCCAAGACUAAAAGCUCUUUUCAAAAAAGCUCCUUCGUGUAAGCCUCGGCGACCGUCGUACGAUCUUACCGAAGUCAUGGACUGUCUCCAGUCCCCUUGUCCGUCAUCUGGCAGCAGCAGUAGCAAUAGCCGCGCAAGCCGCAGUAGUCGAAGUAGCUUUCUUAUGGAUGAUUAUAUUCAGGAACAUCUACAGGCUGGAUUGAAAAACUCCGGUUGUCUUAUUGAGUCUCGGAAAGAAUCAACCCUGGAUAAUGAGGGAUCCCAUGUGGGCGUAGAAGGGUGUGUAGUUGAUAGUGAGGGGUCGCGUGCUGCUCAUAAAGAUGCAUCAAUUGUCCCUGGUGGUGGGGUUAUCGGGGAUGGAAAUGUAUCCUCCAUAGAUGAAGGUAGAUCUAUUACAAGUGGUCCCUUGGAUCCCUACAAAUCGAAGUCAAGGAGAUUGGCGGUAGAGAGAGAUCGAGCUAAUGGAAAAGAUGCGGAGCAAAUUGGGAUAGAGAGAGAAAGAUCUGACAUCAAUGAUGGGGAGCAAAUUGGGAUAGAGAGAGAAAGAUCUGAUGUCAAUGAUGGGGAGCAAAUUGGGAUAGAGAGAGAAAGAUCUGGUGUCAAUGAUGGGGAGCAAAUAGGGAUAGAGAGAGAAAGAUCUGGUGUCAAUGAUGGGGAGCAAAUAGGCUUUCGGAGAAAAAAAUCCGAUACCAAGGACGGAGAGAAAGUUCGGGUAAAAGAUCUUGAAAAACAUAUUCAACCGAGCAAUCCGCUGUUUCUUUCCAACGUCGUGCUUGUCGCAUCGAAAAAAUGUGGAAAGCGGAUGUCUGAACUACGUACGCUGGCCAUUUCCGUGGGCGCACAGUUUAGAGAAAGUUUAGAUAAGACAUGUACUCAUUAUAUUUGCGAGGGUCGUCUAUCAAGAGAACAGAGCAAAGCAAAGUCAAGCGGUGUUCAUGUUGUCUCGCCGCACUGGCUGUAUGAUUGUGUUGAUCGGCAGUUUCAUCUCGACGAAGUUUUGUAUCCUUCUAGUUAUAAUCCGAAGCUCUCUUUGUCUGUCGUGAAAACCAAGGGAACGGUACGAAACUUGAAAAAUAUGGACGCGGAAACUACCAAAGUUAUUGACCAGAAAGCGAAAAGCUCGUUGCCAGUCCCCCCGAUUUCACAAGAGAAUGUUACCGUGAAUGAGGCGACUGCGCAUGUGCCAGCACUAAUGAGUCAGGAUUCAGCUGAAACUGAUUCUCUGCAAACUCGCGAAGAACUGAAACAGAUACAAGAUCUCAUGCAGUCCAUGAAGGCCACCCGCCGUCGCAGUGGUCGCCUUCAAACAUCAGGGAACUCUAGCCAUUCUCGGAAUUCGUCGGAAUCCAAUGAAAAGAACGGUCGUCACAGACGGUCGUCGACUCGUUUGCGAUCGCUUCGAUCAAGUAAGAGCUUUCAAGAUGAAGAAGAUGACGCCGAGCAGUCAAUGAUGGGUGGGAUCACGUAUGACGACCCAAAAAGCAGGCAAGAAAGGCAGAAAAUUAUAGCGCAAUUGGACGAGUGUAGCCCCAGUGUUUCGAGCAGCCUUUCGAACAUUACAAAAAUCACGCAUGAAACGCCUGUUAAGAAAGAGUCACUAUCCCCCAGUUCCCCUAUCCAUUCCUCUACUCCCGCAGCUCCACCGCCUAUUGCUCUGCACAUCACAACGAAAUCCAGUCUUCCUGAGCCCGUGAGCUUGUUAAAUCCAGCGGACGACGUGAGAACAGAGGAAAAACCCCGUCCCAGGUUCACGCUCUCUUCCAUGACACAGCAAGAGAAAAUAGAUUAUUGUGCUAUGAUCGAAAAUCUCGGUGGAGUAGUGUUCGAAGCUCAAUAUUUUAAUUCGGCUAGUCGUCAUACUGUCACUGGACAAUUAAACAGGAACGAGAAAUGUCUCUCUUCGAUAGCCGCCGGUAAUUGGUUGUUACGCAAGUCGUAUUUGGAGGAGUGUCGUGAAGCGCAGUGCUUUGUUGAUGAAGAACCUCACGAAUGGGGUGUUGCCUUGCCUGGCCAAUCUGUGACGUUAUGGGGGCUGACAUCGCGUUAUUGGCGCGUUGAACUGGCGAAGAAAUCAGCUGAAUUUCAUAAGAAAAUCGGAGCAUUCCAAGACUGGAAGGUCCUACUCUGUGUUGAGGAGGAAAGGGCUGGCUCAUUUAGUCGUAUGCUCGAAGCCGGAGGCGCAAAAGUACUGGGAACGACUCCACCGUUUCAAAACAUCGAAACUGUUACUCACGCAUUUAUAAAUCCUGGGGCGACUCAUGUCAACAAGAUUGACUACGGUCGUCUUGAAGCUGCUGGGAUAUCGGUACUGAGAACUGAGUAUAUCGUUGAUUACCUCACUGCCCGUGAUACUCCUCUAGAUACAUCAAAGUACUUAUAUCACCCACAGCUGUCAUCAUCUAAGAAACGCAAACAAGCCACCACCACUUCAGAAACACAUGGCAAGCGGAAGAAACCAAACUAGAGGUAUGCUCGGGGAUAGAUGAGGUGAGAAAUGGGUUUUAAGUGUACAACCUCUCAAAGAUGGGAUAGAUGAGGUGAGAAAUGGGUUUUAAGUGUACAACCUCUCAAAGAUGUUUCUCGUUUUGAAAUAUGACUUUUUAAUAUCAAUGCGCUUAUUUUCAUCAUUACAUAAUCCAUUAUAAAUUAACUAAAAUAUUUUUAAGACGGUUUUGUAGAAAGCCUUUACCGUCGUAUAGAAUUGCUAAAUAAUCGUCGCUUUUGCGUGUUUUUUUUCCAAUGACAUGACUCGACCAUGCAUCUAAA